AUGAACGGCAAUGCGAGCGUAAACGGCCAUGCGGGAGAGGGCAAGCCUGAGAUACAUACGCAGAUAUUACGAGCUUUGGAAAUCAUACACGAGCCCAGAUCGUCCAACGCCCACCGCCAAGAUGCAUCCCGGUAUCUUGAAGAGAUCAGAUCUGAUGAACAGGCCCCAUAUCAUGGCUUUGCGCUUGCCUCAGCAAAAGACCAGCCAGCUAUUGUCCGUCAUUAUGGCUUAUCCUUGAUCGAAUACGGUGUACGUCACAGAUGGCCAGGGUAUACGCCGGGGCAGAGUCAGGCCCUGCGAGACUGGGUGGUGACCCUAUCACACAGUACAGCCGAUUCCGAUCCACCGUACAUUACCAACAAGGUUGCCGAGAUAUGGGUGGAGAUAGCCAAGAGAAGCUGGGGUCUGGACUGGCUGGACAUGGACGAACUCCUAGUUCAGCUGUGGGAUGGCUCAAUGGUGCAGAAGGCUUUGGUACUCAUUAUUCUGGAGACUCUGUCGGAGGAAGUCUUUGGGGACGACGACACCACAGCAGCUCUACGGGGCAGUGAUCUCAACAGAGCCUGUGUAGAAAUCUUUACUCCAGCUAAUGUGCUGACGGAGGACUUUCCAAUUCGAGAGACCGCUGCUAGUAUGAGAUAUGGUGCAGAUGGAUGGCUAUCUCGCAUGGCAGAUUUGCUUGAGUGGUGCAUCAGAGACGCUAAGAUUGAUGAGAACCGACGUGCUUGCGGUGUGAAAAUUCUCUCUACCUUCAAGUCUGUCAUUAGCUGGAUCAUCCCCCGGUCUUUGGUCACAACCCAUGCUUUAAAUAGGAUCUGUGCUUGUUUGGCAGCGUCAAACGUCCCUCUCCAGCUGGCCGCUGUCGACUCUUUAUACUCUCUGUAUAACCGUUCGAGGUUCUCUGAAAAUGAUUUUAGGGACCUAGUAGGCCCAAUGUUCCAAGACGAGACUAUCUACUUGCUAAAGCAGCUUUACGAGUGGUUGAUCGUUGAUCCGACUGACAUCGAUGAAGCCAAAUACCUCCUUCUUAAGAGGUUCUCUGAGAUGGUAUUCAAUAUUGGCAGACUACUGGAAGAAAGCCCUUCAUUCGUACCAGAAGGGAGCAACUGGGGAGGCUUUUUCGACAUUUUGCUCAACGUCAUGAAGAAUCAAAGUCUCCAUGUCUCAAUUCCGGCUCUACAUCUAUGGGUGAAGCUGCUUAGUUCCGACAAAAUUGGUAACUCUCCUGCGAUCAUGGCUCUUGUUAGUGAUUUGCUCGAAACAUGCAGCCAACGCCUUGUUCGAUUCGAAGACUUACCAGUGGACUCAAGCAAUCCAAGCAUAGUCUUCCUUAACGAAGACGUUGACACAAUGCCCGAAAGACAUGCUUUUCUUGGUAAUUAUGCUAGGUUUUGCAAUCAGAUUGUUGAGCUCGUCGUUCAGAAACAACCCAUAGACGCAUUAUAUCAUAUUCUUGGACAAGCCGAUAAGGUCCUGGAUCACGUAUAUGACGGAGAGCCGCCCUUCCAAGCUUCAAACUACACGAAGACAUCUGUCCCUUACUUGCGGAUCGAUGCCCAAUUCACGGUUAUCGAGGCUGCGCUGAAGGGCUGCUUGAAAUGGCUGACCGCUUCGGGUAAUCCUCAAACAGAGCAUGAGCAUGAGGUCAUGACUUCAAAUCUCCAAGUGUGGUGCGAUAGGCUAUUAGGUCUGAUGUUUGAGGACCCUAUGAUCAAACAGCGAGUGAUUCAACUUGCAGUAGGAUUUGCUAUAGGACCAUUGAAACGUAAUGCACAGUUUGCAUUGAAGAUCUUCGACUACAUUCUAGACACAAGGUGUUCUGCGCAUCCUGCCUGCCUGGCAUAUACGGAUGCCGUCAAGGAUCUCCAAGCUGUCUCCCUUCACCAAUUGCAGAGGCUUGCUAUGCGAUUCCCUGACUAUCUUGUUAUCAUAUUCGACGAAGUGGAGAGGAAGGUUAUGUCAGUCAGUCAGUCAGUGGCUUCAGAUGAGCAGACACGCGCCCGCUACUCCUCAGUGCUCUUCAUCAUCAUGCAUCGUGCGACCAGUGUGGACGUGAGGCCGCGCGAAGAACGACUGGAUCAGUUCCUCCAGCCAAUGAUCGAUCAGUGGCAAGACAGAACCCUGAGCAACUCCUUGUCGUCUUUCGAGAAUUUUAGCAGACUACUCGGACUCGAAAACCUCCAGCAAUAUCUAUGUUCUCGAGCGGUGAAUAAACUGCGAAACUGGUCAGAGCAUCCACUCGACGACCAGGGCAAGGCCCUUCAAAUACAAAUGCAGAAUGCACUCGAUGCUCUUCCACUACGAGCCACAAAAACCGUAAUGAACAUCAGCGUGGAAAGACUGGAGCAAGGAUCACAGCCCUACGACAUGGCAUGCCGUCUGUGGCAUAAGAACAUUCCCCUGAUUCUGCCCAAUCUACUCAAAUUCAUCAGUCAAUCGCAAGCCUUCCACGAUCCGUCCAACUGGCCUGCUCUGCCCCCCGAGAUGCAGGAUGUUGUUCGCAGGAUCCUCACAGACCGUUUUUGGCAAGUUGGCAUCUCCCAAGGCAGCCGAGAUGAGUUUUACGCCAGCGUUGGAGAUACCAAGACAACUCUGGAGGGAUUUGCCUCGUCCAUCAGAGCUACUGUAAGGACGGUCCGCGAAACAGGAUACAGGCUACUGAAUUAUAUGAGCCUCCUUGGAGAGCACUUUUACAGCUUCGCAGAGCUGCCGGGUCCACUAGCUCAGGCUCUGUUCGCUGAUGCAUGCGCAUUGUCCCCACAUCAAAUGGCUAUCCUGGUCGAUACAAUUCGGCCGAUCAUCGACAACUGUCCGGAGAAAUAUCGAAAUCACUUUCUUCCCCCAAUUCUGUCGGCACUAUUUGAGCAACUCGAUCGCAAAGCAAGCUUGGAGUGGGAAAGGAUCGAAGAGAGAAGCAAAGCAGCCUCAGAGGAUGAUGACUUGACGAGCGAGAUGAAAGAUGAAAGUAUACUGCGGCAAUUGACAAUGGCUUCGGUGAUGUUGGUAGUCGGGCUUCUCGAGCCAGCAAGACCGAACCCCCCAGCUGCUCCAGAAGUACCCGAUAAGAUCAAUGGCGAUGCAGCAGGUCCAAGUGCAAACACACCAAGAUCGUUCAUACUGCGGACCCCAGAAAUACUGAAGCCCGUCAUACUAUUCUGCACCCAUGCGUUGCGUAUGCGUGACACCCGAGCAUGCUCUCUCAUCGCCAAAGUCCUGCGUUCGAUAGUCCCUGAGUUUGCUGGCGAUGGCCCUGUUGAACCCGAUGUACGAGAAUUCAUCUCCACGGAAGUCCUCAAAGCAUGCAUUACGUCGUUGCAUGACCCCUACUUUGUGGAGCUGCAGAAGGACUUCGCUCAGCUGAUUGCAAGCAUCCUCAUCUCCUACACACCACGCACAGAAAGGCCGAAAGAGAUCCUUCUCUCCUUGCCUGAGAUGGCCCCUGAGAAGCUAGAUCGUGCCACACGCCAUCUCUUCAGGGCACAGCAGAAUACUCGACAGCAAAGAGCCAUCAUUCUAGACCUCCUAGAAGGCUUCAGAGGCAUUGCCAUCCACGAACAGGGCAAGCUUCCAAAGCCUGAUGCAAAGAAAUUGAGAUCGGCUUUACAAGAGAAAUACAUGACGGUCGACGUCCAAGCGAGCGAUAAAAGGGAACUGAGCCCAGAUCUAGGAGGAGUUGCUGCUAUGUUUGGAUAA